GGGAUGGGGGUAGGGGUGGGUGGGGGGGUGUUUCCGCGUGUGCAGCAGCCUCACCACCACCGCCACCGCUCGUCUAUAAAUAGACGCGGAAAUGGCAACGGAGGCGGCCGCUGGGGCAGAGGCGGCGAGCGAGCGCGACCGGGAGGAGCUGCUCAGGGAGGCGGCGUGCCUGGGGGACGUGGAGCUCGUCAAGAGGCUCGUGGACGAGGGCGUCGCCGUCAACUCGGCCAACGACCUCAACGGGUGGACGGGGCUGCACUGGGCGUGCAAGCGAGGCCGAGCCUCCGUCGUCUCGUUCCUGCUGGAGUCGGGCGCCGACGCGGAGGCGCUCACCGCCAAGGGGGAGAAGCCGCAGCAGCUCACCAGCAACGCGGCAAUCCUCUCGCUGCUCGGAGUGGAGGAGAACGGCCACCGAGAGCCGGGGCCAGUGGGGGGCGAGCUGCCCAUCGUCCCCAACUACCUGCAGAGCCCCGUGCCGGGCUACGUGAGCGACGCGGGGAGGAGGGUGGACGCGGAGAUGCGGAGAGAUUCCGCGCGGGACUCCGCGUCAUCCGCCUGCUCGUCCGCCUCCUCCAAUAACAACGACAACGACGACCCCACGGCUCUCCCCGCCGGGGUGACGGCACCGCAGGCGAGGGCUGCGGAGGCGGCUGCCGUCACCAACGGCGCUCCGCACGGCGCUCCGCACGGCAUGGCGGCUCCCUUCCACCCCGUCUUCUUCCCAACGGCCUACCCCCUCAUCAACCAAGAGGAGCUGGUGGUGAAAGUGCGACUCCAGCCGGGAUGCACGGCAGCGCCCGUGGACGUGGACUUUGUGGAGGUGGAGCUGAGCCGACGGGGCCUCACGAUGGCCUCCCUGGUGCGCACCUGCAGCCUGGAGCUCGGGGUGGAUCCCGGCAAGGUGACGCGCGUGCGCAAGCUGCCCAACACGCGUCUGCGCAAGGACAAGGACCUGACCCGCCUCGCCGACUUCCAGGAGCUGGAGCUCGUCCUGGGUGGGGGCGUGGGAGGCGAACUGGGGGAGCUGUCGGUGGUGGGCUCGCAAGACUCGCUCGCCGAGAAGCCGUGCUUCAACGCGCGCGCCUCCAAACUCACCUACUAGACAUUAGCCUCGCCCUAGCCUCGCCUGGCCUAGCCCUAGCCUAGCCCUAGCCUAGCCUUAGGCCUAGCCCUAGCCUAGCCGUAGGCCUAGCCUAGCCUAGCCUAGCCCUAGCCUAGCCCUAGCCUAGCCCUAGCCCAGCCCUAGCCUAGCCGUAGGCCUAGCCUAGCCGAGCCCUAGCCCAGCCCUAGCCUAGCCCAGCCCUAGCCUAGCCCUAGCCCUAGCCUAGCCCUAGUCUAGCCGUAGCCCUAGCCUAGCCCUAGUCUAGCCCUAGCCUAGCCCUAGCCUAGCCCUAGCCCUAGCCUAGCCCUAGCCCAGCCCUAGCCCAGCCCUAGCCCUAGCCCUAGCCUAGCCCUAGCCCAGCCCUAGCCCUAGCCUAGCCUAGCCCUAGCCUAGCCCUAGCCUAGCGGUAGCCUAGCUCUAGCCUUAGCCCAGCCCUAGCCCUAGCGUAGGCCUAGCCCUAGCGUAGGCCUAGCCCUAGCUUAGCCCUAGCCCUAACCUAGCCAUAACCUAGCCCUAGCCUAGCCUAGCCCUAGGCCUAGCUCUAGGCCUAGCCCUAGGCCUAGCCUUAUUCCUAGCCCAGCCCUAGCCCAGCCCAGGCCUAGCCCUAGCCCAGCCCUAGCCCAGCCCAGGCCUAGCCCUAGCCCAGCCCUAGCCUAGCCAUAGCCCUAGCCUAGCAGUAGCCUAGCUCUAGCCUUAGCCUAGCCCUAGCCCUAGCUUAGCCCUAGCCUAGCCCUAGCCUAGCCCUAACCUAGCCAUAACCUAGCCAUAGCCUAGGCCUAGGCCUAGCCUAGCCCUAUCCUAGCCCUAACUUUAUCCUUAACCUUCACUUUACCUCUCUCUGUAACUGUAACCUCAGCCUAAACCUCUAACUGGCACUGUUACCGCUACACCGAAGUGUAACCCUACUGCUACCCCGAGGCCUGGCCUAAACCCCAAACCCUAACUAGCCCGAGCCUAAACCCAUGAACCUAACUAGCUCAAUCACCUCGCCCUAACAAUCCCCGAAUGCAAACCGAACUCAGAUCUCCACCCAUAGCACUCAAACAUGUCUAUCGCUGCAACAACUAACCCUAACCCUGACUCCUAACAUUAACUCUCACCCAAACCCACCCUCUAACCACACGUUGUUACUUAACAUUAACCCAAACAUUCACUCUUCAUCUAACAUUAACUCUCGACAUCACCCCAACACCUGACAUUAACUCUGAUCUCAUCAUACCCCUAGCGCUAACAACUCACCCCACCUCUAACCCCAUCCCUAACCCCAGACUCAAACCCAAACGAUAACCUCCAUCAAACCCCCUAACUCUGACCCUAACCCUCGCUUAAACCCGUGGCACCGUCAACCCCACAUCUAACCCCCGUCUCCAACCGUAACAUUCACCAUCGUACAAACCCUGACCCUCACCUGACGGCAAGCAUUAGACGUUGCCUUUAGGCAGUUUUACAAUUUUUUAACGACAAUUGCAGUGAUCAAGAGGUAAGUCUUUCUCUCUCUCCCUUUCCCAGGCUGAGAUCUUUGAUUUCAGUCCCCGUUUCAGCUGCCUGUGAGUUACAAAUCUCAGCCUGGCCUCUGGUGAUGGCACAAGGUAGAAAUUGUUUGAAUAUUAAAAUGAAUGGCGGUUAUUGUAAUAUAUGCAUAUACAUAUAUAAAUAAAAUUGAGGCAUUAUAAUUUA